AUGAGACCACCCGGGUUCAGGGGAAGAGGAGGAAGAUUUGGUGGUGGUGGAGGUCGAUUUGGUGGGUGUUACUUGCUACGCUCCAUGACAAGACCCAUGGAUCCAACUCCAGAUUCGUUGUUUCACACUGCUUGUCAAAAAGAGAAUCAUUUAGUAGAAUGGACGAGGUCUGCACCCACCCGAGGCGUGGUCUGCCUUCAAUCAUCAACUAGGUUUGUGCUAUGCAAUCCCAUUUUCCCGAAGGGUCUUGGAGACCGAUCGCAUGUGAGCCUCCUCAUAUUGCAGUAUUCUAUUGUGCAAGGAGGAGUUUUAUACUAUUUAGCUACAGACCUUUCAUGUCUUAGAUUUAUAGUCAUGUGCUUCAACGUGAAUUCUGAAACGUUUGAUUACAAUCAAUUGCCUGAGGGAGUCAUACUUUGUAAGGAUUCCACAAUGGUGAACUAUAACGGGAAAGUUGCCUUGGAGAAUAAUAAAUCAGAGACAGGAAAGUUUGAGAUUUGUGUUAGGAACCAAGUUUCAGGAGAAUGGGAGUUACAGCGAGUUGUGAUUACUGAUUGGAGAGCCAAUGUUGGGAGCGAUCAUAUGAUGUUUUCUUUCGUAGGUACCAUUGGAACAGGAGAACUUGUUUUCACAGCACCAGACUCGUUGCAUGAUGGAUCAGAGUAUGUCUUGCAUUACACUACAGACCCACCACAAGAAAAGAAGAAAUUCAAAAUGUUUAGGGUGGAAGCUGUGAAUGGAGGUUCGUAUCACUAUGUUCGAGCCUGCUUGAAUCAUUUCGAUUCUCGUUUUCCUAUUAACUAA